AUGGGUGCUGCAGGAUUGAAACACACGAUUGUGAUGGUGCUGGCAUCUGUCACGUUCGAGUGGUCGGCUGCCAAAAUGGUACACUUCUGUCUCAAGCACGCGGAGAUGGUUCGAAUCCAGGGCCGACAACUGGACAACUGUAUGGCUCUGAUGACCUUCUGUGCCUCCCACGUGACCCUAUUCAGAGGCUACUUCCUCACCCCCUCCCAACCACAACACAUACUCAAUGACGUCAUCAGAUACAUCCCCCAGCUGAUGCUGUUUCUCAGGGCAUUCAACCCACAGCCCCCAAAGGUAUCCACCUCCUGGUUCUCACCAUGUGUAGUAUGCGCCGGAAAAUAAAUAUGAGCUACUGAAUGGAACAAUUUCAAGAUGAUAUAGUAAUACCAUGUAAA